AAAAUGACGUUUGGGCUACAUGUGGCCCCUGGGCCAUGGGUUGAGUUGCCCUAUUCUUAAAUCACAAGCCUGUCAAUCACUGGUAGUCACCGCCCACAAAUUAUAAAGGUCCUCCCCUCAGGUCAACAACCCCUUUUCCCUCCACACCAGUGAAACAAAGGAGAAUCCAUGUGAGUUGUUUAUGGACUUUUUUCUGUUUAUUCAUUUUGAUGUAUCAUGGACUGAAGAGUAACAUUGUUUUCUUGUUUAGUACCAUGUAUGAAUACCUGAGUUAGUUCUGUUGGAAGAAUAAUAUUCCAGUUUGUGGAUGCAUUAAUGAUAGAGGAACUGCAGGAGGCUUUAUGCCGUUACAUCUCAGAUACCUUCAGCUACAUGGACACGGUGAAAGAGUUCUGUUAUAGGCUUUCAAAAUGGAUGCUUGAGAGAGAGACAGAGGUGUCUAUGAUGAUGGAUAUCAAAGACAGGGCUGACAAAAUCAACCUGAACUUCAGCCAUGUCACUAAGUCUGAGAAGAAAGCCCAGGCCCUGUUUGAAUUCACAAAGAGCAAGCUGAGUCUAUCUGCAGACAGCAGGCGUGAGGAGCUGAAGAAGGAGCUGGCCACUGUGCUGAAGGACUCUCUGGAAGGCUUGGAGAAGCUCAACUCCUUCCUGGAUGCUGUGGAGCGGCUGGCGGUCACCUCGCUGCAGGUGUUCAUGGAGGAGAACCAGGUGUUAGAGCUGCCCCGAGGGAUCAGCCCUGAGAGAGUUCAGGCUGUCAUUACUGCUGCAAGGCUGGUCUGCCCACUGCUCCUUGAGUUUAAGAGAGAUGCAAGUGCCUUCUUCCUUCCCAGCAUCCACAAUGUGGAAGUGCUGGCAGCUUAUUUGGACAAAUACAUAUGUAUCACCCAGAAAAUCUGUGAGAGGUUGGAGAACAGUGCUAUAAGUGAGUUUUCACAGAAGAUGGUUAAGGAAAUGGUGCUUGACCUAACUCUGGAUUUGUCUGAGGACAACAUACAAACUAAUUGUUGUCAUGUCAGACAGCUCAUUGAUAUCAGGAUGGACCAGCACUUCAGGCUGGUGUUCUUGUUCCAGAAAGUGUCAUGUUCAAAGUUCAUCAGUGAGUUCAGAGAGCGAAAACCCAGGAUGCUGAAGUUUCUGUCCGACCUGGAGGAGACUGCUGUCCAGCUCGACAGGAUGAAGAUGGGGGCAAAGAUUUCUAGUGUGGCCGGCAGCUCAGUGGGGGCAGUUGGAGGUGUGCUUUCCAUCGCUGGUUUGGCCUUAGCUCCUGUCACAGCUGGAGUGUCUUUAGCUCUGACCUUGGCUGGGGUCGGGCUGGGACUGACCAGCGGAGUCAACAGUUUAGUCACAACAGCCACAGAGACUGGGAUCAACCACAAACACCAAAACAAAGCCACUGAAGUCUUCCAGGACUUUAUGGAGGAUGUGCAGAGUGUCCAGGACUGCCUAGAGGAAGUGUCUAGUCAAGCAUUCACGGGAAUUGAAGUGAGCAAAUUGGAUGUGGCCCUGGGUGUUGGCAAAGUGCUCACUAAAGUUGGCACUGUUGGAAGAGGCAUUGAUUCUAUUGUUGAUGCUACCUCUGCUACAGUGGUCAAAAGCGACGACCUGAUCCUAAGUGCUGGUAAGGUGGCAAGCCAGGAAGGUAAGUCAUUACGUAAUGUACCCAAUGUGGCCUCAGACAUUCCAGAUGUUGGACAGGCAGUUGCCAGAGGGCCUCUUGCUCUCUCCACAUCAGCCAGAGCUGGUUUCAUCACACUUAAUUCCCUUUUCCUUGGUUUGGACAUCCUCUUCAUCUGUAAAGACAGCAUGAGUCUGGCCAAAGGCAGCAAGAGUGAUGUCUCAGAGUUCAUUAGAGCCAGAUCUGCACUAUGGCAUUCAGAGCUGGACUCAUGGCAGAGGAUCCAUGACUCCCUGUGUCAAGGCCUGGAGACAUCAGAGAAGAACCAAAUUACCCUGUUGAUUCCUUUUUAUCCAGAGGAAGAUGAAUAUACAAAAGUUGAAUCUGAUCCAGUGGAGUAGAAACCUCCACUGGAUCAGACACCAAAAGAAAACCAGGCUUGCAUUAUACUCUAGGCCAGAGUUGUGCAUUUUUGAUUAAUUCUUAAUUAACUGUGGUUCUAUAAUGGCAUUAAUCAGUUGACUUGUCUUACUCUGCUGAUCAUAUAGAAAUUACUUUUUUCCUCAUCUGAGAAUUUUAUAUUGUUUAUCAUUUAAUUGUAAAUGUUGAUGUUUCACUUUAUGCACAGUCCAUUAUUAUUCAGUGAUUCAUACUGUAGAUUCAGUGGAUUUUACUUUAGUGACUGGUUGAAGUUCAGAUGUUAAUGAUAAUGACUUUGCAAAUCACCAACAAUGCCUUUUAAAGGAAUUACCUGCUUGUCGUAAUUCUUCUGAUGAAAACUUGUUCAGUGAAACUGUACACACUUUUGUUAUUGUUAGUACAUAUUUUAGUGAAAGAGUGGCAUAAUCUAUUUUUGCAACCCAAUGACAUACAGUAUAGCUGCAAGUUUACAUUUAAUGUCUUAUUUAAAAUCAUUUGUCCUCAAAAAUCAUAGAAAUAAAUCACUCUUUAUGCAUCAAAAGGUAGUAGUUUUGAUCUCAGCGUGAAUCUUUCCUUCCUUUCCAAGGUAAUUA